AUGGUAAACGUUCGCCGAAAUUUUUCAUAUUUUUCCUCAGCACCAGUAAUUCCCAUGUCUGAGAUCCAAGCUCCCCACGAGGUUUCCAACUCCGGCGGUAAGACCGCUUUCAAAGACUACGUCGGCAAGUUUGCCCACAUUGAGGACCCUUUGGAAAGAAGAAGAUUGGCCUUGGAGGAAAUCGACAAUGCCGGUUUCGGAUGGACCCAGGCCAAGAUGAUCAUGAUUGCCGGUGUCGGUUUCAUGACUGACUCUUACGAUAUUUUCGCCAUUAACUUGGGUACUUCCAUGUUGGGCCACGUCUACUGGGGUGGUACCAUUCCAUCUUCCACCCAGACUUUGAUCAAGGUGUCCACCUCUGUUGGUACCGUUAUCGGUCAAGUGUCCUUUGGUAUGUUUGCCGACAUUGUGGGCAGAAAAAAGAUUUACGGUCUUGAGUUGAUUGUCAUGAUUUUCGCUACUGUUAUCCAGUGUACUCUUGGUGAGUCUGCUGCCAUCUCUUUCCCUGCCAUUUUCUCCACCAUGAGAAUCCUCAUGGGUAUCGGUAUCGGUGGUGACUACCCAUUGUCUUCGAUUAUUUCCUCCGAGUUCUCCACCACCAAGUGGAGAGGUGCCAUCAUGGCUGCUGUCUUCUCCAACCAAGGUUUGGGCCAGUUGCUUGCCGGUAUCGUGGCUUUGAUUGCUGUUUCUGGCUACAAGGACGACUUGAAAUACGCCAACACCGCCAAGGAAUGUAUUGGCUCGUGCAUCAAGGCCAAUGACCAGAUGUGGAGAAUCUUGAUUGGUUUUGGCUGUGUUCCAGGUUGCAUUGCUUUGUACUACAGAUUGACCAUUGCCGAGUCUCCUCGUUACGAGUUGGAUGUGCAAGAACACGACGACUUGGAGAAGGUUGCCGACGCCGAAGCUGCUUUGGACGCCACUGCCCACGACAUUGCUCCACCAAAGGCUUCUCCAAGAGACUUCAUUCGUCACUUUGGCCAAUGGAAGUACGGUAAGAUUUUGAUUGGUACUGCUGGUUCCUGGUUCCUUUUGGAUGUUGCCUACUACGGUUUGGGUUUGAACACUGCUGUUAUCUUGAAGACUAUCGGUUACGCCUCGUCCAAGAACGUCUACAAGGGUUUGUACAACACUGCUGUUGGUAACUUGAUUUUGAUUUGUGCCGGUUCGUUGCCUGGUUACUGGUUCUCCGUUGCUACCGUUGAUACCAUCGGCAGAAAGCCAAUUCAGUUGGGUGGUUUCAUCAUCUUGACUGUCAUUUUCGUUAUCCUUGGUUUCGCCGACAAGAAGCUUGGUGACCACGGUAAGUUGGCCUUGUACGUUUUGGCGCAAUUCUUCCAGAACUUCGGUCCUAACACCACCACUUUCAUCAUUCCUGGUGAGAUUUUCCCAACCAGAUACAGAUCUACUGCGCAUGGUAUUUCCGCUGCCUGCGGUAAGGUUGGUGCCAUCAUUGCCCAGACUUGUAUUGGUACUUUGAUCAACCACCACUGUGCCAAGGACAAGCCAAACUGUUUCUUGCCUCACGUGAUGGAGAUUUUUGCAUUGUUCAUGUUGCUUGGUAUCUUUACCACGCUCUUGUUGCCAGAGACCAAGAGAAUGACUUUGGAAGAGAUUUGUGAAAAAUACCACGACGAAAUUGACGCCUCCAAGCUUGGCACUGACAGAUACGUCACCCAACAGGCUGACUCUUCUGACAUGGAGUUGAAGCACUAG